CAAAGAAGAGAAAUCAAUCAAAGAGAAGAGAAUCAAGAUGGGCAAUGCUUAUAGGGACCACCACCACCUCUAUCAUCUUCACCAUGGAAACAACCUCCAAAUCCAACACAAGAGCUCCUUCUUGCCCAUGUUGUGCUCAAGGCCCUCCAUUAAAGAUGGGAGGCUCCCCAAGUGGAACGACGAGGACAGAUCCGCCUCUUUCUCCGACGACCCCAUGUCGCCAAAGGUCGGCUGCAUGGGCCAAGUCAAGCGGAACAACCGGGUUGUUGGCUUCCCAACGCCCAACAAGCUCAUCGCCAUCGCUGCCAAAGCCAAUGUCAAUAAGAGUCUCAAUAAGUACGCCAAGCUCAAGAGGCUUUUCUCUAGCAAAAGCCUCCUCACAUCCGCCACUGCUGCUGCGGCCGCCGCUGCGUCGGGCAGCUACGAACGUAGGAGGCAAAAGGAGAGCAAUGGGUGUGCAGGAGCCAAGAAGAAAUGUGAAGAGAUUGAGAAUUCCGUCAGCUCACCGGUUAGUAUUUUGGACAUGGAUCCCCCAUUGCCAGUGAUCAAGAAAGUGAGCAAACCGGCCGCAGAAGGAGGCGGCGGAGAUGGCAGCCUGUGGAAGAGGAGGUCAGGUGGGGUUGCUUUGAAGGGCCUGGAGCUUCAACAGAUUCACCAUCCAAGGCAUCAUAUGCAGCCAGGCACUGUUUGAUCGGAGGAGAAAGUUAGAAUUCAUAGGGAGAGAGAGAGAGGGAUCCCGGAGAAGUGUAAAUGGCUGGUGUCCAGUAUGUUUUGCUUGUUUCAUCAAAUGUGUAUUGAAUUGAUUUGUCCCUAGUAUACACUGCAAUAUAUGCAAUUUUUGAUCAUAGAUCUUGAAUUAUAUUUCUUUUUCAUGGGCGCAACCAGAAAGUAACUUGGAAAAUCUGGAGUCUGGUAAUGCUCAUUCUAAUUUGGCA